GCACCGUUGGCCACCAUGCUGCUUCCCAGCGUCGUCGAGGCAAACCUGCGGUCCUGGGGGAGGGCCAUGGCCGGCCUCUGGGGCAUGGCGUCGCGGAGGAAGCGGUUGACGGACGACGGCUCGCCGCUCGCCCGCGUCCUCAACGUCAUGGACCUCACGCUGCUGGGCGUCGGCUCCACCCUGGGGCUGGGCGUCUACGUGCUGGCCGGCCAGGUGGCCAACGACACCGCGGGGCCGGCCGUGCUGCUCUCCUUCGUCUUCGCCGCCAUCGCCUCCUUCUUCGCCGGACUGUGCUACGCCGAGUUCGCCGCCAGGGUGCCUAAGGCCGGCUCGGCCUACGUGUACGCCUACGUCGCGGUGGGCGAGAUCGCGGCCUUCGUCAUCGGCUGGACCCUCAUCCUGGAGUACGCCAUCGGAACGGCCAGCAUAACGCGCGGCGUGUCCACCUACAUCGACACCCUGGUCGACCACAAGAUUUCCGACUUCUUCAACAGCACGGUGCCCAUGCACGUGCCCACGCUGGCCAGCUACCCGGACUUCUUCUCCUUCGGCAUCUGCGCCGUGAUGACGGCCCUGCUCGCCGUCGGCGUCAAGGAGUCCUCCAUCAUCAACAACAUCCUGACCUUCCUCAACCUGGGCACCGCCACCGCCGCCGUCGUCACAGGUGCCAUCUACGCCGACCCGAAGAACUGGUCGCUGCCGCCGCGGCCGGGCAAGGACACGGGGGGCUUCACGCCGUACGGCGUCAAGGGGAUCAUCGAGGGCGCGGGCAUGUGCUUCUUCGGCUUCGUGGGCUUCGACUGCAUCGCCACGACCAGCGAGGAGGCCAAGAACCCCAAGCGCAGCAUACCGCUGGCCAUCGUGCUGUCGCUGACCAUCAUCUGCGCCACGUACUGCAGCAUCUCCACCGUGCUCACCCUGCUCAAGCCCUACUACGAGCUGGACCGCUCGGCGCCCUUCACCGUGGCCUUCGACAGCAUGGGCCUGGACGCCAUCAAGUGGGUCGUCACCAUCGGCGCCAUCUUCGCGCUCACCACCAGCUUGCUGGGGACCAUGAUCCCGCUGCCCCGCGUCAUGUACGCCAUGGCGCAGGACGGCCUCCUGUUCGCCGUGUUCGCGCGCGUCAACGACUGCACCAAGACGCCCGUGGUGGCCACCUUGGUGGCCGGCACCCUGUCCGGCCUGCUCGCGCUCAUCUUCGACCUGGACCAGCUCAUCGAGAUGAUGUCCAUCGGCACCCUGCUGGCCUACACCGUGGUCGGCCUGUGCGUGCUGGUGCUCAGGCAAGUUCCACAUGGCGGCUUGGCAUUGCAGGUACACGGACUCCCGCGCGACGCAGAGCGAGAAAAGGGUUCCGCUGACCUUCGCCCGGUCCUGGGGGGGCUGGUGAACUGGGAGCGCGCCAAGCGGCCAACGGCCUUGACCACGGGCGCCGCGGGCGUACUGGUGUUCGUGCAAGUGCUGCUGACGCUGGCCCUGUGCGUGCUGCUCAAGACGGCGGGCGACGACCUGUACUCCAACACCUUGGCGUGGCUGGCGCCCACGCUGGCGCUCCUGGUGCCCCUCGUCAUCGUCGUCAUCAUGCUGGGCCAACAGCCCAAGGCCGACGUCGCCCAACUGUCCUUCUCGGUGCCCGGGCUGCCCUACGUGCCGGCCAUCAGCCUCUUCCUCAACAUGUACCUCAUGGUGAACCUCAAAGACGAGACGUGGGUGCGCUUCGUCGUCUGGAUGGUGGUCGGCGGCGUCGUGUACUUCUCGUACAGCCUUCGCCACAGCACGGAGCGCCUGCUCGAGAUCGCGGACAAGCAGGCGGCGCUGGCCGCGAGCCUCGACCGCAACGGCGUGGCCAUGACGAACGCGGUCUUGCCCAGCGCCCCAGAGGCGGCCGGAGACCCGGAGGCGUUCCACACGGCCAGGUUUUGAAGCGCGCAGGCCGAGUCGCGCGUUUCGUCUGCAUUCGGGCCGAGGCUGCGGCUGCGCAGUGCUGAGUGUCACCAAGGCGUCACCACGGCGUCACCACGGCGUCACCACGGCGUCACCACGGCGUCACCACGGUGUCACCAGCCGCCUCCACGUGGGAACAAGGGAGCGUUCAGAUCUCAAGGCGCGCAGAGCGGACUGUUGAACGAAAUAUCGAAACAAUGACUUUGUGACAUCCCCGCGGCGAGACAUCGCGUAGAAGCUCGCACCGCUGUGGUUGCCUCCAGCAGUCGCACGCAGUGUCGUGGCUGCAUCACCUUCCAGGCGCACCGACGAACAACCGCCGACCCGACAGGUCGUCUGCUUCACGUUUCGGAGGCCGCUCGGUGCGUCUACCGGGGACCCCGUCAAUGUUUAGGACCAAGACUACCAGACUCCACGCACAAGCGCCACCACCACGGCGUGUUCGCGGAAAAAACACUUUCUUGAGGUGAUCAACUUCGUUCGAUAGGCUCAUUUUGAUGCUGCAAUCGAAUUCAGCUCAUCAAACAAAGUUGAUCACCUCGACAAAGUCUUUUUCCAUGACUCUGUAAGACGAACCCUCGCAAAGAAAAGGUUAUUUAUUGAUAUAUUUAUAAGUAUUUUUCUAGCAGUUUAUUGCCGUGAGGGGCGCCGUAAGACGUGUUAUGUGCCAUUGCGUUUAGUCAACUCGCCUCAGGACUGAGAAAUGCUGAAUUACUCUGCCCUGGGCAACCCAGCUUCCUAGAGACACAUGUAUAGAAUUGGUCGAGCUGGUGCCUAUUCGACCGCAUAGUGUUUCUGGGCUACUCCAAACCCCAAACCCUUUCCAGAGCUGUACUUAAACUACUUAAGGGCAGCCUGCAAAAGCGUUCGUUUGCUCAAAGUGUUAGCUGUGAUGAGAGAUGGGGAUGAAAGCGAACCAAUUUAUGACCGCUGAAUUCGUUUCGUACUUAGUGUAACGACAUGUUUUUAUUGAUUUUAUUGUGAUUUUGUACUUUAUGUUGAAAUACAAAUUUACAUAAACCCA